AUGGUUUCGAUUGGAGACGAUUUACUGGAUGGGUAUGGCGCCACAUCGUCAUGGUUAAAGGCCAAUGUCAAAUGGAUUGAAGAUAUUGCCGAGUUUUAUCGCGAGCGGGCCGCCAUUGAGCGCGAACACGCGGCAAAACUGUCUGCCCUCACCGCGAAGCACUUUUCUAAGAAGGCGGCCCAUGUUGCCAGCAUAAGUGUGGGCGAGAAGCCGGCAAAGACCCCCGGUUCUCUUGAGAGCGCGUCUGCCACGGCAUGGACCGAGGUCCUCAAUCAAACAGAAGAGAUUGCCAAAGACCACAAAGAAUUGGCCGAUCAGCUCGCCGUACAGAUAGCCGAUCAGCUCAGCGGUGUUCGCCAACGUUGCGAGAACUUGCAGUCGUACUACUCUGAAUUCCAUGGCCACAUUGAAGAAGACCGGGAUUCCGCGUAUAAUGCUGUUAAACGAGGCAAACCAGCGUACGAUGAGGCGUGUCAAAGCAUGGAGCAUGCGCGGACCAAGAAUAAAAAGGUCGAGCAGAAAGAAAACGACAUGUACAAUGCAAAGAGCAGCUAUCUGAUUGCUAUUAAUGUUGCCAAUCGUAUGAAGGACAAGUUUUAUCAUGACGAUCUUCCCGAGGUGUUGGAUGGUAUGCAAUUGUUGGCCGAGGCUCGAACUUGCCAAAUGAAUCGUAUUUUGAAAAUGGCUUGUGAUACAGAGACCAGCCACUUGAAUCACCGAAUCAGUUGCCUCAAGAAGGCCCAUGAUGUGGUUGCUAAAAAUACCCGGGGACUGGAUACUGCCAUGUUCAUUGAUCAUAACAAAGUUCCUUGGCAGGACCCCACUGAUUUCUAUUUCCAACCCAGCCCAAUUUGGCACGAUGAUGAUACUUUCAAGACAGAUGAGAACGGUCUCAAAUAUUUGAGAGGUCGAUUGGCGACUGCCGAAGAGGGGGCUGAAAAGGCUGGCGAUGUUUCAGAAGCAGCGUUGUCGAAGUUCGAGGCCGCCAAAUCUGAGCUUGGCAAGCUUGAUUUAGAGAGCAUGAGUGGAACUGCACUCUCUCCCCUGUUGAAUAACUUUGCCCGGUGUUUGCAGGAUCUUAUUCGGAGUGAAACUAAGCGUCUAUCUUUUGAGGUCGAAAUCGAGACCAUUGAAGCAGCCACUGCGGGUUGCGACUUGUCGGGAGUUCCAAUCACACGUACCAAAACUAAAAGAACCGUCUUUGGAAAGAAAAAAGAGGUGGUGGAGGUCAUCCGGCCAAUCACUAACCGUGAUGGAAACCGCCUUGGCCUGCGAUCUUUGCUUUCGCGCACCGCAAAGCAUUUGGUCGUAAGCGGACCUGGCGUUAAAGUUUUGUACGAUUUUGAAGCUGAAGGACCUGGUGAAAUCACAGUGCUCGCUGGCGAAAAGCUGCCCCUGCUCGAGCCCGAUAAUGGCUCUGGCUGGAUAAAAGUUCGCAGUGGCUUGGACACAGGUAUUGUUCCAUCUAGCUAUGUCGAGGUUUUCAAUAAUGCAAGAGGUGGCUUGGACCCAUUUAGUGACGUGGCCAGCAAGAAUUCGAAUGAAGGGGCUGGUGCCGGCGCCGCCCCUCCCGCUCCACCGCCUAGCCGGGGCAAGGCUUCGAGUACAACCAUGACUGCUCUGUACGACUUCGAUGGAGCGGACUUGUCACAACUUAGCAUUCGAGCUGGCGAUCAAAUUACUGUCAUUGAGGCUGACCCAGGUAACGGUUGGACUACUGGAGAGCUGAACGGCCAAAGGGGCAUUUUCCCUACAAAUUAUGCCAACUGA